GGACCCACUCUUCUCGAUGACGCGGCGUGCGUUUCCGCUUCUGGAAUCCAGUUCUUUGCUUUGCCCUUCCUCCGCCCCCUUCCUCCCCCCGCGCUGCCUGCCGUAGGUACGGGAAGGGAAAAAAGUCGGCGCCAAAUCUCCGCAUCCAUUCGCACGCCGCGAUUCUUGUGCGCGAUCCGCCGCGCGAUGAUGAUCCCGUGGGGCGGCGUGGGGUGUUGCCUCAGCGCUGCGGCGCUGUAUCUCCUCGGGAGGAGCAGCGGAAGGGAUGCGGAGGUGCUGCGGUCGGUGGCGAGGGCUGGCAGCAUGAAGGAUUUAGCUGCUAUCUUGGACACUGCAAGUAAAGUCCUACCACUUGUAGUUGCCGUCUCUGGGAGAGUUGGUUCAGACACACCACUUAUAUGCCAACAAAGCGGCAUGAGAGGUGUGAUCGUUGAGGAAACGGCAGAACAACACUUCUUGAAGCACAACGAUGCUGGAUCCUGGAUUCAAGAUUCUGCAGUUAUGCUUUCUGUUAGCAAAGAGGUUCCAUGGUAUCUGGAUGAUGGAACUGGACGUGUAUAUAUGGUUGGUGCUCGUUCUGCAGCUGGUUUAAUUUUAACUGUUGCCAGUGAGGUUUUUGAGGAGUCAGGGAGGACACUUGUACGUGGAACUCUAGAUUAUUUACAAGGGUUGAAGAUGCUGGGAGUAAAACGAACUGAAAGGGUUCUUCCAACUGGAAUCUCAUUGACAGUUGUUGGUGAGGCUAUUAAAGAUGAUGUUGGAACUAUUAGAAUUCAGCGACCGCAUAAAGGACCCUUCUAUGUAUCACCAAAAAGCAUCGAUCAACUUAUUAUGAAUCUUGGAAAAUGGGCCAAGUUAUACCGCCUUGCUUCAAUGGGCUUUGCAACAUUUGGUGCCUUCCUUCUUGCAAAGCGUGCAAUACAACAUUUUCUAGAAAGAAAGCGCCGGCAUGAACUGCAAAAAAGGGUUCUUAAUGCAGCAGCACAAAGGCAAGCUAGAGAAGCUGAAGGGAGCAUUGGUUCAUCGGACACAGAGCCUAACAGUAAAAAAGACCAAUUAGUGUUGGACAUAUGUGUCAUAUGCCUUGAGCAAGAGUACAAUGCUGUUUUUGUGCCGGUCUAAAAGGGUUAAAAAACUGGAUAAGCAUUGUUUUGCAUCAUACUUCACCAAGAAGCCCGAGGAAAUAGUCGAACUGCAGAUAUGUGAAAUUCGUUCAUAAUUUGUCCUUGCUAUCACUGUUGUCACCCCUGAAAGUUUCUGUUUGGACUUUAAAAGUGAUUAAUCCAAUGUUACACAGGUGCGGUCACAUGUGUUGCUGUAUGGCAUGCUCUUCACAUUUGACAAACUGCCCGCUUUGCCGGAGAAGAAUUGACCAAGCUGUCAGAACAUUCCGCCAUUGACGGUGAUACCACGUGCACUGCUUUUGAAACCAGUUGGCUAUUGGAAGUGCUGGCUCCUGUCAACCAACGAUAUGAACUGCAAAACUGGGUCGUAGCAGCUUCUUCAUGGAGUUUGCUUUUCGAACAGAACAGCGAGUGAUGCAAGUUGCAAGCUCAUGAUUGGCAGUUAAGAAAGAUACCCUACUGAGAUAGUGCCAAUGGGUGCUCUUGCAUGUAAUGUACUACUACUACAACUGUGUACAGGACACUUGUGUAAAUGCACAUAGGUUAGCAGCUUGCUUCUUGACUAACACCUAAUGGGCAUUUAUGUUGUGCUAACCGAAUGACAAAAUUAGCUCGUUUAGUUGUGAUAAUCGUUUUUUCUAGUGAGUGGGGAAUGAUACGGAUAUCUCCGUUCUUUUGUGCUCACAGGAUCAUAAGAAACAGAAAAGAUUUGUAACAUGUUCUAUAUUUUACUGCUCAUUUUGUAACCUGAAUGUGAGGACAACAUGUUGGCGCAUUAGUUC